ACUCUGGUGAUAAAGACUGUAACCAAUGAACGCAGACGGCGGUUUGUCAAUCGUGCUGCCGUGUUUUCGUUCUGUUGUAUCUAAGUGUGAAAUAAUGAUGUCUCAUCGAAGGCCAGAUUUCCUCCGAGACACACUGGAAGACAUAAACAUUGACUGUGAAGAGAAAUAACACGUGAAUCAUUAAGGUCAUGAAAGUGUUUUCGCGGUUUUCGUGUAGUCAAAUAUGAAGCAGGUCUCUGCUUGUUUCGCUUUUAAUCACUAACGCUUAUGGAGGAGAGAGUUCGUCCUAGUCUGAUCGGUAAUCAUGUUUUUAAAAAAAACCAGAAGUGAAUGCUUGUGACCUGAUUUGAAGGUUAAGUGUGUAGUUAAAAAGUAGACGCAAAAAUGUCGGAGUCAGAUACAUCGGCAUCUGCUAUUGUGCGACAAACUCGUAUGGAUUAUGAAGAAAUGCGAAGAAAGUUGGCAGAAACAGAAAAAAAGUUGAACAAGUUGGCAAGGCUGGAAUCCAAGGCUCUGGAAGAAGAUCGUUUUUUACCUGGAGCCACAGCUAGCCUAGAGGAUUUGGAAAGUGUCAGGUCAGAGCUGAGCACGGUGCCAGGGUCCUAUACAGGUUUUGCCAGUCAACGUUUCCCAGCUAGUACACCGAGUAAGAAGCAAAAGGAUAAUGUCAAGCCGCCCUAUGAAAACUACAACUCUGAUGCAUUUGGUGACUCUCAAGGACAAACAAAUGAUGUUAAACAUUUUCGACAGAAUCAGUGCUUGUUGACAGAAGUGGAAAGACUGGCUGGUGAACUUCAUUUUGCCAGAGAGAAGGAACUAGAGCUCAGGAAUAAGCUCAGCUCACAGCAUGAUCAUGUGAUGGAACUGCAGGAUCGGGUGGAGGAGCUUCAGGGUGAGACAGAGGCGUUGGACAGGGCAUUGAGAUCAUCAGAAGAACACCUGACAGAGAGCCAACAACAGAUGGUCAGUCUUCAACAGCAGUUGUUGUCGUGUCAACAAGAACUUCAAGAUCUUCACCUCGAAGUACAAGAAGAGCAUCGCAUACGUUGCAGCAUAGAAAAACAGAGAGAUGAAGCCCUGCAGAAUUUUCUGGAAGUACAAGAGACUCUAGAGAAGUACCAGCGUCAUAGCCAUGAUAAAAUCAAAUCACUGGAGAAAAGUGAGGAUCAUCUGCGUGAUAGUCUGGCCCACGCCAAUGAAGAGCGCGAUGAACUGUUGCUGAAGGUGGACAGCUUACAGUCUGCUCUUACUGCACACGAACAGGAAAUAGAACGGCUGCAGGCGCUCAGUGCAGUUGAACAAGAAACAAAGCAUGAUAUGGAAACCCAAGCUUUGGAACUGCGGCAGCAUCUGGCAAAGCUUACUGCACGUCUCCAGAAGUGUGAGAAGGAGAUACUUGAGAUCAGUGUGCUGCGGCAGGAGAAUGCUGUCCUUAGUUCUGAGGUUGAAGAAAAUUGUGAGGUCUUCAAUCAACUGGAAGACUUAUUGAAACAGCUACAGCAGAUGCGAGCAACAGAUCAGCAUAAGCAGAUACCAGAUGACAGUGGCCAUGUUAGCUUUCAUUUUGCAUCUGCUUCUGUCACUUCUGGCAAGAACCACAGUGUUUCUUACAGUCAGUCUGACACACUUGCAGCAAACACCAACAACAAUGGUAAAACAGUCGAAGUUGUCCUUAACGAGCUAAGAGCCAUGUUAUUUGAUAUGGAUGAGGAGAUUCAUAGACUUCGAAACCGCCUACUUGCGAAGGAAGAAGAGACCUGUGUCAUAGAUGGUUUGAAGGCAGAAGUUUCACAAUUAGUAAAGAAGGCCAUUCAUGGAGAAGAGCAGACCUCAGAAAUGGAAAAGAUGAUUGGCCGGGUGGAGGCUGACAGAACAUGGUUGGCGCGGCAACUAAUGGAGUGCCAGGAGGAGGUGACAAAGCGUGAUUCACAGUUAGUCACGCUUGAAGCACGCCUCUCACAACGCAACGCCCAGAUCAUUGAGCUUCAGGAGGAUCUUAGCAGGCGCUGCUCAGAAAUGACCUGCCUGGAAAAGGAAGUGUGGAAAAAGUCCAGUCAUGUGAGUCAGAUGGAGACAUUACUUGAGGAAAAGCGAGAAGAGAUUGCCGAGUACCUGGCCAGCGUGACCGAGCUCCAGCGCAAGUCCACAGCCCAGGAAGAAGAAGUGGCAUCUACACGGCAAAAGAUAAAGACCUUGCAGAUGGAGUUAGAGCGACGCCUUGCAGAGGAGACAAAAAGCCAGGCAUUGCACAUGUCUCGGUGCCAGCAGUAUGAGGACCAGAUAGAUGUACUGGAGCAGGACCUACAAAAGAGGAAGUCCCAGUACGAAGCUGUAAAUCAUCAAGCACAUCAGCUACAGCAGGACUGUCAGGAGAAGGAGAACCUGAUUCAGCAUCUAGAGGAAACUAUUGUGGAGACCAGACGGGAGCUAGAGACGACUACAAGGCGUGGACAGGAAGUGUUACGACAGCUUGAAGACAGACUUACCCACAGCUCCCAACAGGUCACACAGCUGGAGUCAGCCCUGUUGUUGUGUCGCAACGAGAUCCAGGAGCAUGUCCAGACCAUAAGGGAGAUGCAACAACAUUUUGAACAUGAGGUCAACAAGCGAGAGCAGUCAAUCAAGCAUUUGGAGCAGCAGCUAAAGGAGGCACAGCGUAAAGCCUCGCAACAGGCAGAGGACAAAAUGCACCUUGAGCAGGAACUGCUAGAGAAAAAUGCUGCCCUGCACCACUGGGAGGCCCACAUAUCAGAGUUGGAACAGAAAGAAGCUUCUCUGCAUGCUUCAGUCAGCCACCUUGAACAGCAGCUACUGCAGACAAAAAGUCGGUGGCGGGCAGAAUCGGAUGAGCUUCACCACAAAAUAGAAGCCCAGUCUGCGGAGCUGGACAAAGCCUUGAGUACAUGCUCAGGCCUGCGGCAAACUGUUAAGGAAAUAGAAGAAGAGGAUCGUCAGUUAUCAUCACAAAAGUCAUUGCUUGAGAAGAGACUGCAGGAGGAGAUCAGCAACAGUCGCACUCAAGUUUCUCAUGCCAAUCGCCUGGAGAAAAAUGUUCGAGAUCUUAGAGUGGAGUUAGAGCAGAAAAUUGAAAUAGUUGGCCAGCUUGAGGAUCAGCUGCAGAACAAAGAGGCCGACCUCCAACAGCAGCUUCAUCUGGUGGAAGAACUUGAUGUCCAGCAACUACGCUUACAGCGGGACCUCAAACAGGCUUUAGAGAAGAGUAGCCUUCUUGAUGAGCAAGUUCAGAAGCUGCAGUUUGAGGUCAAGGCCAAAGAUCAGAUUUUGAAUGACACCCGUGAGAUCCUGAGAAAAACCCAGGCAGAGCUGAGUGAGAAGACUCUGGAGGCCAAGGAACUGAAGGAAGCAGUUGAUGAGCGACAACAAGAACUGGAGGGACGCGUUGCCAUGGUUGCGCAACUGGAACGGACUAUUUGCGAGACUCACAAUGAGAUGAGUCAGCGUAUGGAGCGUGUGGAUAGUACCUUACGCAAGUAUGAGGCUGAGAUCAAAGAACGCACAGGACAGAUUGCUGAUCUAGACGACAAAUUACAACUGGCUCAGGCCCAGCAGAUGGAGACCAGCCUACAGCUGCGCCAGCAGCAGCAGGUGGCCCAGCGCCAGCAGGUGGAGCUGCAGGCAAACUCAGCGAAGAUGGAGGAGCUGGAAAUGACGAAUCAACGCCAGAAACAGAAGCUGGAAGAGCAGAGGCAAGAAAAUGUGGAGGUGACACAAGAACUACGUUUGACAAGAGAACAGCUGCAAACCCAGCACUCAGAAUUCCUGUCCACGAGGCGAGAGCUAGGUGCAGUUAGGCGGGAGUGUGAGCGAUUGUCAAAAGAGCUGGAGGAGGUGAUGAAGGUCCAACGCAGCAAGGACCAGGACACUGCCCGCCUGUCGGAGGAGCUGGGGGCCAGCCAGGCAAGAACAGCCCAGGCAGAGGCACGUCUUCUGGCGGAAACCAAUCGGCUUCAGCGAGAAAAGCAGGAAUUACAGGCAUGCCACAGAGAAGAGCUUGAUGCCUUGACAAAAGCACAUGACCAGGCACAGCAGCAACAUGCGUCAGCAGUGGAAAGGACUACUAGCCUGUCACAUAAGCUGACUGAAAAUGAACGUUUGUAUGAGCAUCGGCUAGACCAGGCAAGGUCAGAGCUGGAAGCACUACAGAAUGAGGUGACAUCACGAAAAGAGCUCAUUCGAAAUGCCAACGAAACCAUUUUUAUGAGGGAUUCAGAGAUUGCCCGCUUGAAGGCCCAGAUUUCGAGAAUGGAGAGGAUGCUUCCGAGUCAUGCCAAGGCAGAGCUGGCCUCAUCUGUGCCAGUCUUGAAGGCAUCAUACCAACCUUCAUCUACAUCCAUUGCCUCUUCUGAAUCCGCCUUUGCCUACUCCAAGGGCUUCCACAACUCACUCAGACAGCAGGCAAGUGUCAACCAGCGUAAAGAACAUCGACACCCCCUCACCUCUACGUCACGGUACGAGGGUGCACCACCUGCACUUUCAGGUGCCCACUUCAACAACAAUGCCAAUCUUAACUCUUCACAAAAUGCCAGUGAGCUGCCAAUGAAAGACACUUGGGCUGACACCAGUGAGAACGAAGAAGGGUACUUAAUGGACCCCAUGAUUUUUUCCUUCGAGAAACUGGAUGGAGAAUUAGGGAAAGCUGAUGGUGAUUUGGGUUCCAAUUCUGAGGUGGACUCAGAGUGCCCCAGGCAACCCUCAGGGUCCGAGACUACCACCAUAGAUCAGGUGCAAGGUGUCUGUGAAGUGACAGGUGGGAAAGCUAUGUUAGAGGUGAAGCAGUCGGUCAAAGUAAAUGCUGGAGCGAAGAAAAAGCCUCAGGCUGUGCUACAUACAGACCGAUUAAAGGGGAAAGUGGGUAAUAAGUCUCAGUCACUCAGCAAGAGGACUUCUCUUGGCAAAGAGGAAAAAGGAGACUACUUUCAUCACCAGUUUGAGCCUGACACACUAAUAGGAACUUACAGAAGUCCAGAAACAGAAGUGAAGUCUAAGUUGGAAGUCAAGGAGCUGCAACAGCAACUAGAAGCUAAUGCACUGAGGCAGCAGGAGAUUGAGCGUCAACUUCAAUCUUUAGACACCACAAGGGAUGUUCCCAAUGAUUCAUCCACCAUGUAAUUGUAUAGCCCAAUAAAGGUUCUGUCAGAAUGAAUAUGCCGAUGUACAUUAAUUUUUUUCUAAUUGUUUGUGAAUAUGUUGAACUUUCUUCUGUGUUAUUUCUUUUAAUAGUCUUGGUUGCAAACUCUGGAAGUCUCCAAAAUAUCUUGUUUCUGACAUCUCUUGAGCAAAAGAUGUGAUGUAAAAAAACAAAUAAACAGCAUUUUGAACU